GAGGCAUGCAGACGACAAGUCCUAGAAAAAACACGCAUACACCUACAAAGCAACAAUGAAGUGCUUUCUUGUUAUGAAUCUUUUGAAUGAUCCGAUAUUUGUUGAUUUUGACCCAAAGUUUGCGGCCUUCAUCAACAAAAGAGCUGCAGACUUGGAAAUGCAGGAGAGCCCGGCAUCAAAUACAAGUCAUGUGGACACAGCUAUCAUCAUGCAGUUGUUUUCACCAUUAGUUCUUUCUCAGUCUCCACUGUCCAGCCAGCUCCAGAAUCCCUGCACACAUAUAUUGUGUCCAAAUGGAUUGCUCAUUGUAUUUAAAAAGGUUGAUGAUGUGCAGUACAUUGCAAUCAAUGGAGAUGGAUCUGAAACUGUGGAAUUUUUACAGAGGAAAAUUGCUGUUUUCGUUAGAUUGAGCAGAUUUCUUUUUGGUCCCAUCUACACAGAAGCGUACAGUUCACCUGUUGAGGAGAAGGAAGCACGAUGGAAUUUUUUGAAAAGUCUUCUCAAAACAUGGAUGCAUUUGGCUUCUUCAGACCAAACAUUUCUUGCGGAGGCUUUAGAAAGACUGCAUGUUAACCAAAUGGUGAGUGAGAAAUGUGUGGAACUUCUAGAAAGAGCAGUCCGGAAGGUUCAAGUCUCUUCUGACCAUCCAACCCAGCAUGCAUUUCUGCUUGUAAAUACCAAGCUUCUUGCACUCUAUUCUAAGCGGGGUUCCUUUGAGCUUCAGCCUGCAGACAUCCUUUUGACCAUCUUGCUUGCACAAGACAUUUUUCCUUCAACAGACAAAUUGGAAGAUUUGAUGGCUUUGGCUCCAUCAUAUCCUGCUCAUGAACGGCAACACCAACCACGAAAAUCCACUCGACAGUCUAUGCCACUUGUUCCAGCAGAUGGUGAUAAGAGUGAAGAUGGCGAAGAAGAGUAUCACAGUGCCCCAACCACUCCAUCGGAUAAUAGGUCCCACACUCCACACACUGACAAAGAUGCAAGAUCACCAGUUCCCAGUGAUGUGGCUGCUGCUGCUGUAGUUAGAUCUGCUGCUGCACUUUUGGCAGGGAAGGUUUGGAAAGAAGUUGGGACAUCUGAUGAUGAUAUGGAUGAGAGAUCUGCCAUGCCUUCUGGAAAGAAUGUCCCCAUUGUUGCUGCAGUCAUAAACUCUGCUGCUGCUUUUUCGGAUGGGGAUAGUGACAAAGAAGAAAGAAACCCUAACAGAGUUGCUGCAAGUGGGAACAAUGAGAGUAUCAGAGAUGCUAAUGGAGACACACAUAUGAUGACAGAUGUGACAAGUCAUAAGUCUGCUUCCUUAGAAAACAAGGGGUCUCAUGGUAGCUCAGUGGUGGAGACUGAUGCUGGCUAUCCUUCCCUAUCUCCCCAUAACUACACCACUUUUCCAACCAAAUUUGGGACAUCAUAUUCUCAGCAAGAAAGUCUUCUCAGGAGUUCACAUUAUCUUCCUGAAGAGAGGCAAAGAAGCAACAGUAGCAGUCAUGGCUCUGUGCCCUACACUGAACAGAGCUCAUCAAUUCCGGAGGAAACAACAACCGCAGGGAGUGGAUCUCAUAGUGGCAGAGAGCAUUCAGCUCAAACAAGUGCAAUUGGUACCACAGACAGGGCAACUUACUGGCCCCAUACAGUAUUUUUGCAGACUGCCUUAUCCCUGUAUGCACCUCACACUCUGCAUUGUGCCCAGAUUUUGCCUGGCAUCAUUCUAGUUGUAGUUUCACAGAAUAGCCGACACACUAUGGCAGACCCCUUGUCACAAGUGCAUGGCAUUAUACAGGAUGUGAUGCAGGGUCGCAGAGAGAAACUGAAUCAUUCUCAAAGUCUUCAUGUCUAUGAUGUUAUUCUGUCUCUCUUGAACAAAGUGCACCAGUGGGUCAAAAAAACUGUGGGAAGGAUGAAAACUGUGAGCAGUGAUCUACAGGCUCGUUGGGAAAGAGAAGAGAUGAAGACUAGAUUUGUCAGAUACUUGGAACAAGAAACCAACUUACCUCUUCCGCCUGAUUUAGAUUCCGCACUGACUGAAUUUCAAAAACGCUUGAAAGACCUUUUCCAGCAGCUGUUUCUGCUUCCAUCAUCAGCAUCUAGUGAUCAUAGCCUGUUUGUUAGUCGAUCCAUUGUGUCCAAAAUGAAAGUCUAUAUUCAAGAGGAGCUGAUGGACUACCGUGAUUACUUGAGUGUCAAAGCCCAGCGCAACAUCACUAUGACUUCAUAUCUAGAUGAUUUCCCAGGUCUCGUACAUUUCAUUUAUGUUGAUCGGCACUAUCAUCAGAUGAUGGCACCAUCCCUCAACAUCAUUUCAGACCAAGGCAAGAUGGAUGCUACAGUCUUUUUCAAGGAAAAGAUUUGGAACAUGUUCAGCUAUAUGAUGAAGAAGCUACAAAAGGGAUACACUACAGUUCUGAUGCGAGAUGGCGACUUUUAUUUCUCUUACUUUAUUUGGUUUGAAGACAGAAAUGGAAACCCACUGCCUGUACAGGAGCCUUAUAAACCAACACCAGACACACCAAUUCCUGGAAUAUUACCAGGAUCUUUCUACAGGCGUUUGGUGAGACAGUGUUUCCCUCUCAAUACAGAUGGGGAUCCACACUGCCAUGAGAUGUUUAUGAUGCACAUUGGACUAGUUACACCACAGUAUGUCGCCAUGCACUGCCGAAGGCUUGCAAAAAAAUUAUGGGAGAUGUCAGGGGAAGCCUUCACAUCUGUUAAUCUUCUUUGAUUUCUAGAAAAAUGAUGUAUUUUAUACACUGGUUGAAGGAGGCAGAUUUUGUGGUACUUUGUCUUUUCUGACAUCAUCCUUGUGUUGGACUUGUGAUUGUGUGUUUUUGUGAAAUCAUGCAUUUGGAAUGUGGUGCCUUUUCCAUUUUGAUGGCUUUGGUUCCUUUUUGAUAUGUGUCAUGGAGUGCAAAAUCUGCUACACACCUACAUCAUUUUGCUCUGUCAUCACCUUAUUUAGGCAUCACACUACCUUCUGUCAUUUGUGAAGGCCCUUGAGUUUGUCCAAAAGGAAGAAUAAGGUGCUGUAUAUAUAUUAUUUUUUUAUUAUUUUAUAUUUUAGAGUUAUAUGUGCCUUUGCCUAACAGGCUGAGGGGGAUGAACUGUUAAUGUCAUGGAUGCAUUUUGACAUCAGUGAUGAAUCUUGAAGUCUAUAUUCGACUUUGCUGCGUUUUUAUGAUUUUUAUCACUAAUGAUUUAUUAUUCUCCACUUAACAACAGUGCAGACUGAUCGGAUAUAUUUUCCACUCUUUGUUUGCUUCAGUGAAUCAUCUACCUUCUGCUGUUGACUGUAAUUUAAGUAGUUAACAUUCUUAUCUAGUUCUUGGUUUCUGCAGAUUUUUCCAAAAAUGUCUUUGCCAUUUAAUCUGUAGUGACCACCUAUUUCUAUCAGUUCUCAGCAAAAAUAUUCACAUUGUUCUUCAUUUUAGAUCAUUGACUGUGAUGUGUACAGUGUAAUGCACUAACCUGUUCGCCGGGAUAAUGUGCUACACAGGGGAUCUUUAUUAUUAUUAAGAGCUCAGAAAAUGUUUUUAGACAGCAAGGGAAAAUGAAUUUGUGACUUAAGAUUGGAAGCAGAAAAAUGUGAUCAGGUUACCUAGAUUUGUGAUCUCGCCACCCGUAAGCAAGAUUGUGUUUGUGAUCAAUACCACAUACAAACCAGUGAAAUAUAUGUUUGGCGUCAUGCCAUUAAUGGACAAUUCAAUGUUAAAUUACAUGUAUUGAUAUGUGACAAGACUUAUGUACCUGAGACUGUUCAUAUCUUAGAGUGGUUUCAGCAAAGCUACUUUCUCAACCAGUGUGAGUGGUGGGUGGGUAUAAUGUCUGCAUGUUUGGUGGGAGUUGGCACACAUACAUUUGAAUGAGAGAACGAGAUGGACAUGCGCAAGCAUUUCAGACUGAGAAAUGUUGCCCAGUGUAACUGUUUAAUAAAAUAUUCAGCAAUCUAGGCCUUUUAACAGUCACAUAUAUCUGUAAGCUGUAGGCUAAAUUGAGUUUACUUCAUUCCUUUUAGAAAAGGUCAAGGUCAUUCCCUUACCUUUUUAUGUUGGGGGGGGGGACAUUGGCAUUGAAGAUGCAGGUCUUACUGCAGAAGGAUAAUGCUCGGGAGUUGCAGAUAGGGUGUAGGCUGUUGAAAGCAUACCUGGCUUUGUUGAUGCGGCUUUUGAUUUCA